AUGGCCUGGAUGUAUAACUGUUCUGACUUCUACGGCAAAGCAAUGUGUGCCAGUCUAGUUCUGCACCUAGGCCUACCAGUCAUCAUAACCCCAGACAGAGGACCCGCCAGUCGAGCGCCUGGUGAGCUCUCCGCGGAGUCAAGAACUCGUGAUUCACGGUUGAGGACUCUUUGGUCUUCUGUUUUGAUGGACCGUUACUCGUUUGAUUUCUCCGAGCUCAGCAGCACCGAGAGAUCCCGCCUCCUCCUCGACGCGCGCGACCAGCUCCUCUCCUUCUAUCGGCAGAUCCACCCUUCCCUCCAGCUGUCACGCACUAGCAUCACCACGGAGACUCCUACUCCUGCUGUUAUCUAUCUCCACAUCUCCUACCACAUGUCCUUCAUCCUCAUCCACCGCCCUUACCUCAAAGUCGCCGUCCGAAACAGCCUGACUAUCUACCGUCUGGCCCUCCGCUCCGUUACCACCGCUGCUGCAUCCAUCGUCCGUCUCCUGCGUAUCCACGCCAAUAUUCUUCCGCUGUCCUUGGCCCCACCUUUUAUCGUGCAUAGCGUGCUCACGGCCGCCGUGACGCAUCUGUGUAACGCGACUAGCACGCACAAUACCUUGCGUAGCCAAUCGAUUGCCCACUUCCGCGUGUGUUUCCGUGCGCUUCUAGUGAUGCAGAGUAGGUGGGUUAAGGCGACGCGCGCCAUCAGGCUGUUGCGGGGGCUUGCGCACAGGUGGCGGGUUAUGGGAGCCUUGCCGUUGCAAUAUGGAUUCGAGGCUGGUGGAGGUGGGGAGGCCGAGGAGACCGGGUGGCAGCAGGCAGAGGCAGAGGCAGAGGAGGGGGAGAGGGAAGUGGAGAGGGAAAAUGAAGAUGAGGAGAGAGAGGAGGAUGGGAGGAUCGUAGAUACGGAGGAAAACUGGCCAUUGGCGGCGGAAGCAGAUGCAGCUAAUUCCAAUUUCGAUGGCGACGAAAUGGAGAUGUUUGACAGCAUCCGCCCGGAGACCUUUGUCUUUGAUACGGAGUACCGGCAGUGGGAGUUGUCUAUGGGGUUGGAACUCUGA